AUUUAGCAUUAACUGAAAUUUUUGUUAUUUAUUACUGAAAAUCUGACACUAUGACACUUCAUUUGUGUAAGUUUUGGCUUUUGAGUGUAUUCCUAAGCUGGGAAAAAAAUUUCGAAUCUCUUCAGACGGCGCCAGUGGAGAUUGUCCUAGGAUGUGCAAGAGUCGGUUUACAAAGAGUAGCAUGAAGGGCUAUCCUUUGGAAGAAAUAUAUGCUGCUUUUGGAAACACAAAGGUUAUUAACAGUGUGUUGGUUCCAACGGUGGAUGAGGAAACUUUGCUGGCUCGUAUCAUUGAUCAGGAGCCAGAGUAUCAGCGUGAGGGUAGCACAAGUGAUAGGUGGAACUACUGGCUAAAUGUGAAGCAGAAGAAGAUUUGGUGGAAAGAACUUUAUGAGUCUGAUGUUGCUGCACGAAAGUUUACAAAGACGAAAGACAAAGAAAAGGUGACGAUUGUAGAAGGUUCAUCUUCUAAUUCUGGUUUGGAGUCGAUGUUGAAAGGUGUGGAAGAGAGGAUUGUGAAGGCCAUGGAAGAAGGAUUUUCUGGAAUUAAUUUAAUGGUAGAGACAAAGCUGGAGGCUAUGAACUUGAGGAUGGGUAAACUUGAGAAGAACCAGCGAGUUUUGAAGAAAAAGGUUAAGAAAAUAGAAGACAAGUUGACUUCUAUUGAAAGCAAGGGAAAUGAGGAUGAGGAAUAUAGACAGUGGAAUGAUUUUGAUUAUGGUAGAGAUCAUGGGAAGGAUAGAGAGAUGGCUGAGGCAGAGAAGGCUGAGACAGGGAAUAAAAACAGUGAGAAGGGUGAGGAAGAUGAGGAAAACAGUGGGAAAGAUGAGGAAGACGAGAAAACCAGUGAGAAGGGUGAAGAAGAGAAAGACCAAGAACAUGAAAAAGACAAAGAAAACAGUGACUCCGUUGAGAAAGGCGAAGAAUACGUGGAGGAAUCAGAUGAAGAAAAUUCUCUGUUAAGGCUACAUGAAAGAGUGAGAGUACAAGCGGAAGAAUUUUGGAGGACAGUUGAUGAUGAAUCUGAGGCUGAGAAAGAGGCUGAGAAAGAGGCUGAGGAAGAGGGUGAGGAAGAGGCUGAGAAAGAGGUUCAAGAAGAGAAAGAGGGUGAGGAAGAGGCUGAGAAAGAGGCUGAGAAAGAGGUUGAGAAAGAGGUUCAAGAAGAGAAAGAGGCUGAGAAAGAGGUUCAAGAAGAGAAAGAGGGUGAGGAAGAGGCUGAGAAAGAGGUUCAAGAAGAGAAAGAGGCUGAGAAAGAAGAAUCCAAGGGAACUCCUACCUCUACCGAAGUAAUAGUCAUUACACCACGUGGUAGAACUAAAGCAGCAGCUGCGAGGAAAGCAAUCUCUAUAUCACCAGAGAUUGUUGUGGUAACAGGGAUUGCUGAGCUAGCUGAGAAAGAGGUUGAGGUAGAAGCUACUCAGACAGAGCAAGAAGCUAUUCAGACUGACAUUGUUGAGAAAGAGACUGAGGUUACUGAGAAAGAUGCUGAGGUAGCUGAGAAAGAGGAUCAAGAUGUGGAGAAAGAGGAGGAAACAGCAGAGGAAAGUGACUCUUAUCCUGAUGUCGAUCAAGAUGUGGAGGAAAAAACAGAAGAGAGUGAAGAUGUGGAGGAAGAGGAGGAAAAAACAGAAGAGAGUGAAGAUAAUCUUGUGGAGAGUCCCUCUGAGAAACAUGAUGAGCUAGCUGAGAAGUCAGUUGAAUCUGAUGUCGAUCUAGAUGUGGAGGAAGAGGAGGAAAAAGCUGACGAAAUUGAAGAUAAUCUUGUGGAGAGUCCCGCUAAGAAACAGACUGAGCUAGCUGAGAAGUCAGUUGAGGUAGAAUUAAAGACUAUGCGCAAGCCUAAGGUCAAGGUCAUAGCAGUGCCGUAUGGCAUUCCCAGAGCUGAGAGACUAGCAAAAAUGAGAGCUGAUGCUGAAAAAAAGAAAGCUAAAGCUGAAAAAAAGAAAGCUAAAGCUGAUGGGGCACCUAAGAAGAAAGGCAGGCCGAAGAAGACUGAUGCUACAUUGAAGCCAUGUACGCCGCUGCCGGAGAAAAGAAAAAGUGAACCAUCACGGUGGGUGCAGUCUCCUUUCACUGAGGGAAAGACUGAUGAGCUAGAAGUGCCAAAGAAGAAGCUUAAAACAAAAACCUAAAAUGCUUAUGUUAUGUAUAUGUAUUAUUCAAGUUAGGAUGUUAUGUUUCUGCCUAAAAUGCUUCUCUUGAACUUGUUAGGAUGUUAUGUUUCUGCUUCUGGAUGUUAUGUUAUGUUUCUGGAUGUUUUAUGCUUUUUAAACAGGUGUGGUAACUCAAAAUUACAGGGGAAACUCUGGUCAAAAUUUUGGAAAAAUACUUUAUAAUUUUGAAAAAAAUUACUUUGAUUAAAAUUUGGAAAAAUACUCCAUGUAAAACGUGCAUGGAUAAAAAAUGCACAUGUAAAACGUGCAGCCGUCAUAUAUUUUGAUAUUAUAUUUUGAUAACACUUAGUAAUUCUCGGUAAGCUUCAAGGACUUAGUAAUUCUACCUUACACAUAGUAAUCUUUUGGUAAUUUUUAGGUUUAUCUAGUAAAACCCUGAGAAAAUGAGCUUUUUUGUAGUAAAACUGAUGCUUUUACACUAUAAUAAUCAUUAAAAAAGAUAUUUUCAGAAGACACUUGCCAGGAAUACGUAUUUUUUUAAAUUUUCCUUACUAUGGUCUAACCAUUCAUACAAUAACAAUGAAAGUUAAGAGAGUAUUUUGAAAAAAUGAAAAGAUUUUUCUUAAACUGCUGAAAUAAUCAU